AUGUCCAGCCGCCCCAACUGGGGCCUGAACGAGCUUGACUUUGUGUUUGCAACCCUGGUGGUGGGCAGCGUCAUCAACUUUUCGCUGAUGUACCUGCUGGCCCCCACCGCGGGCGCGGCCGCGGCCGGCGGCGGCAUCCUGCAGCGGCUGCUGAGCGACGAGUUCCUCAAGAAGUGGGGCGCGCCAGGCGGCAACAUGUUUGAGGCCGGCUUUGGCGUCAAGUCGCGGCUGGUGAACUUUGCCUACAAGGGCGCCAUCUUCAGCGUUAUCGGAAUGAUGGCCGGCGUGGUGGGCACCUCCAUCAGCAACGGCCUGCUGGCGCUGCGGCAGAAGCUGGACCCGACCUUUGUCUCGCAGAACGAGGCUCCGUCCAUCCUGGGCAACGCGGCCUGCUGGUCCUUCCACAUGGGCCUCAGCAGCAACCUGCGGUACCAGCUGCUGGGAGGCGCAGACACGGUCCUGGUCAAGCUGAUGCCCCAGGCCGCGUUCCGCCUCUACUCCGCCAUCAUCCGCGCCAUCAACAACGUCAUCGGCGGCAUCAGCUUCGUCGUCGUCGCGCGCGCGUUCGGCGUUCAGAAGUCGGCGGCGCCGGCGGAGCUCGCUAAGGCGUAA